AGCCAUUUUGCAUCGAGGUCUGCAGAGUGUCCUGCUCCGCCUUCUGCCCCGACUCUGGCGCUGCUGGCCCCACGUAAGGUCAUCGAGGUCCGACCACUCUGACCGCAUGUCUGCCAUCCAAACUCCGAUGGGCGCGGUCCCUGUCGCGCAGGUGAUGCAGCUCUUUGAGCAGACUGGCUUCGAGCCGCCGCCCGGUGUGCCGCUGGAGGAGGCGUUCAUGGUCUUCCUAGAAGAGAUGAGACAGUCGGGGAUGUUGCGAGAACCGCCGGCACCGAGGGCGCCGAAGGGACGCACUGCCGUCCCCUGCAGCAUCGAAAGGGUUCCCGAGGUUCUCGGCGCGCACGGCGCGUCCGUGGUCCUCCUGGAGCCCUUGGGUGCGGAGGUCCGGGGCGUCGACACGACGAAGGCUCUGCACCCAGAGCUGGCGGGUGCCCUGGAGGCCCAGAUGGCACACGCGGGCUUCCUUCUCUUCCGCAGCCAGGGCGAUCAGCAGAGCGAGAAGGGCAUCCGGGGGAAGUACCUCACCGGGGAGCAGCAGGUCGCGCUCACCGAGGCCUUUGGGCCCGGGGCCCUGCACUCCACGCACGGGGUGCACCCCGAGAGCCCCAACCGCGACGUCUUCCGCUUGUCGAACGACCAGAACCACGGCUUCAACCAGGUCGGUCCUGAGUGGCACAACGACGGCUCCUUCUGCAGGGAAGUCUUUGGCCACGUCGUCUACCACAUCAUCAAGGCACCCGCGGGCCCAGGAGACACCCGCUUCGCACACCUUGGCGUGGCUUACGACCUGCUGCCGCCCGACGACCAAGCCAGAUACAGCCAGUGCGCCAGCGUGAACUCCAACGGCGGAGUUGUGCACCCUCUUGUCCACGACCAUCCGAUCUCGGGUCGGCGGUCGCUGUACCUGCACACGGGCAUGACCGGUGCCAUCAUCGAGCGCUGUGAGGGGCCUGCUGACCCGAAGUCGCUCCAGGGGAUCAAGGCCUGGGAGGAGCCCGACAUGGACCGCCUGUUCCAGCAGUUCACCGCGCUGCUCGACCGGGCCGACGUGAGCUACAGCCACCAGUGGCAGGAGGGCGACGUGAUCAUCAUCGACAACCUCGCGGUGGCCCACAAGGCCGCGCCCGGCGCCCACCUCGCCUCCUCCGGCCUCCGGAUCCUGCACCGCACCACCGCCAAGGGGAGCCGGCCGCUGGACCCGGACCCGGCCCUGGGGCUGCCCCUGGAGCUGGACACCAGCCCGGAGGAGGGCCCCUCGAGCCGCCGGCGGCCCCCUCCCGCCCGGCCCGAGCCCUCUCAGAACCGGCCCCCUCGGCCCCUACUAUUAUUAUUCUCGUUCUUCAUCGUAUUAUUAUUUCUAUUACUACUACUACUACUACUACUACUACUACUACUACUACUACUACUACUUCUACUACUAUUGCUAUUACUAUUACUAUUACUAUUACUAUUACUAUUACUAUUAUUAUUAUUAUUAUUAGUACGACUAUUACUAUUACUAUUAUUAUUACGAUUACUAUUACUAUUACUAUUAAUAUUACUAUUACUAUUACUAUUACUAUUACUACUACUACUACUACUACUACUACUACUACUACUACUACUACUACUACUACUACUACUACUACUACUACUACUACUAUUAUUACUAUUACUAUUACUAUUAUUAUUACUAUUACGAUUACUAUUACGAUUACUAAUACUAUUACUAAUACUAUUAUUAUUACUAUUACUAAUUCUAAUACUAUUAGUAUUACUAUUACUAUUAUUAUGA